AUGUCAAGAUCCAGGCCCUUCAGUGUCGCAUCUGUGAUCUCAACAACAGGAAUUUUGUGUUUUCCCCUAUUCCAGUUGGUGCUCUCGGACUUACCAUGUGAAGAAAAUGAAAUGUGUGUAAAUUAUGAUCAACACCUUAGUGACUGGUAUAUCUGGUUCCUGCUGCUGAUCUUCUUGGUGGCUCUGCUCAGUGGGGCAGUGUUCUUCUGCCUCCAGUGCUGGCUGAAGAGAUCCCGAACUGAUUCCCAAAGCCGCACCCUGGCCAUUUUUGCUGUUGGAGACUUGGACCCCAUUUAUGGGACAGAUGCAGCUGUGAGUCCAGUGGUUGGAAUUCACCUUCAUACUCCAAGUUCUGAGCUGUGUCCUGCUCCGUGUUUUGGCACCUUAGGCCCCCCACCUCCAUACGAAGCCGGUUUCAGAUCUGGAUCAUGA